UUUUUUUUUUUUUUUUUUUUUUUUUUUUUUUUUUUUGUUUAUGUUUCCAAUGAUCAUUUUCUAUUGGUUCGAAGAUAUUUAGCUAUGGAGUUUAGUGGAUUCAGUGAGUGAGUGGAACUGAGAUCGAAAUGUUGUGCAGAAGAAUUUCCAGUAAUGGCGAUUCAGGGACGGCGCCAGUGUACCUCAAUGUGUACGAUUUGACGCCCAUUAAUGGCUACGCAUAUUGGCUCGGUCUCGGUGUUUUUCAUUCUGGUGUUCAAGUUCAUGGAGUUGAAUAUGCAUUUGGGGCUCAUGAGUAUCCAAGUACAGGGAUAUUUGAAGGGGAGCCGAAGCAAUGUGAUGGAUUCAAGUUCAGGAAAUCAAUUUUGAUUGGGAAAACGGAUUUGAAUCAAGCAGAAGUGAGGUCAUUAAUGGAGGAACUUAGUAAAGAUUAUAGAGGAAAUGCUUAUAAUCUAAUCACCAAGAACUGCAACCAUUUUUGCAACCAUGUUUGCAUCAAACUCACUGGAAAUCCCAUUCCAAGUUGGAUCAAUCGUCUUGCUAGAAUUGGGUGGAUUUGCAGCUGUGUUUUGCCAGCAACCUUAAACUCCACGAAAGUUGGACAGAACAGAGUGCAGAACAAGAGAAGUGAAGAAAAACAAGAAGGAGAAGAAGAGAAGAAGAAGGAAUCGCCAUUAACAGCUGAAAUUGCAGCUUCUAAGUCUUCUUCUUCUUCUUCUUCUUCUUCAUCUUCUCCAACCAUUCUCCGCAGAGGUAGAAGCAGAACCAGACGCCCUCGUCCCCUAAGUUCACCAUUGAUUCCCACAUCAAAUUCUUGAAGCUUUUUAUCAGUGAUUAUGUAAAUUUUUGUAUUAUUUGGCAAAGUGGGUUGUUUGUUUGUGUCUGAAUUGUUUUCCCCAUUUUCUUGGAUUUUCUUGGGCUGCCAUUAAAUUUACAGGCUGGGUUUUGAAUUCCCAGGUGAGAUGUGAGUUGGAAUCCAAAUUUCGAUGAUAUUUCUUCGUCCCAUUUUAGUA